AUGGCUCUGACCAAAUGGCAAGCUGGUGUUCUGGCGAAUAGGCCUUUGGUGAACAGAGGAUCUGAGAGCAAAGAUCUCCAAGGAUUGCAUACCCUCCUGCAUUUGAUCAGCGUCUUGAUUGGGAUUCUGCAGUGGAUAUCGAAUAUUGUGUUGUCUGGCAACUCUAAUAUUGCUGUGCAGGACAAGGCAUCCAAAACAGUGCUUUACCAAGGAAAGAGUAGUGAGGAAGGAUUGUUCCUAUUCAAGUCUCCACCAGUAUCUUCCAUUUCUCAACCUUAUCCAUCUGCUUUUGUCAGUUCAGCUUCUUCCCUUCCAAAGGCAAGAUGCACAGACUCCUAUUUUUUGAUUCUGAAACAAAAACUUCUGUACCCUUUACGAAGAAUGCCUAGCAAAUCUUUGAACAUGUCCUCUCCAUAUGAGCUUUUAUUUCAUGAACCUCCAGAUAUUACUCAACUGAAAAUCUUUGGCUCCUCAUGUUAUCCAUAUCUCAGACCAUAUGCUUAUGAUAAAUUGGACCCUAGAACAACACAGUAUGUCUUCUUGGGUUAUGCCUUAGGUUAUAAGGGAGUCUUUUGUUACAGUAUUUCUCAAAAUAAACUUUGGAUGUCACGACAUGUGAUUCAUGAUGAAAGUGUUUUUCCGUUUCAUAAUUCCAAGUUUUCAGUGUCUUCUCCGAUUGAUUCUGCUAUUUUCUUUCCAUCUUGUACUCCUCUCACUACUCUUUAUUCUUCUCGGAUGCCUGUCCAAUCAUCUUCAGUUCAUAAUACAUGUGCUACUAUACAUGGUAUAUCCUCAGCAGUAAACAUUUCUUCUCUUGGAGCUACUACCAAUUCAGUUGAGAAUCCAUUUGUUCAUACACAUAAUGAUGAGAAUGCUCAUAAUGUUGGCAAUGCAGCUAGUGUUGAUAUUACUCAAAGUGAUUUUAAUAUUAAGCAUGCAAGUACUGGUGUUGAUAUGUCAGUUGAGAAUCCAUUUGAUUUUAAUAUUGAGCAUGCAAGUACUGGUGUUGAUAUGUCAGUUGCAAAUCCAUCAGUUGGAAAUUCAGAUAUGAUAGUUGAGAAUGCAGUUGCAGGUACUGACAAUGGUUCAAAUGGUGCACAUUGCACUAAUGGUGGUAAUAUGUUAGUUGAGAAUGCAGUUGCAGGUACUGAGAAUGGUUUAAAUGGUGCUCAUUGCACUAAUGGUGGUAAUAUGUUAGUUGAGAAUGCAUGUACAGGUCUUGUACAAAAUAAUCUUUCUGCCCUGAGUGAGAGUGAACUGAAUGCUUUGCAAUUUGGAACAAGGUUAGUUGCUCAAGGUUUCAGUCAGUCUAAAGGUCUUGAUUAUGAUGAAACAUUCAGUCCUGUGGUUAGGCAUAGUACUGUUAGAGUGAUAUUAGCUCUUGCUGCUAUGAAUAAUUGGGAGUUAAGACAGCUAGAUGUCAAGAAUGCAUUUCUGCAUGGGGAUUUAAAGGAGGAAGUUUACAUGUUUCAACCUCAAGGUUUUGUUGAUUCUGAGCAUCCCAAUUAUGUGUGUUUACUUCGAAAAUCUCUCUAUGGAUUGAAACAAGCUCCAAGAGCUUGGAAUGAGAAGUUCACCAACUUUCUUCCAAGGUCAGAUACUACAUGCAUUCAUGAAGUCAUUUCUGAAUUAAGCAUGGUCUUUGACAUGAAAGAUCUUGGUUCUCUGUCAUAUUUUCUUGGCUUGGAAGUUACUAAAGUUCGGAAAGGAAUUUUACUUAGUCAGACUAAGUAUGCAAAGGAUUUGCUUGCUAAAGCUGGAAUGGAGUCUAUUAACACUUGCAGUUCUCCUUGUCUUCCACAUGCUCAGAUGACAGCAGAUCAAGACGUUCAUUAUGCUGCUGUAAAAAGGAUUUUGAGGUAUCUAAAAGGUACAAUUCAAAAGGGCAUAUUUUAUAGUUCUACUGGUGUUUUAUCUAAUGCUGUGACUGUCAAAGCAUUUUGUGAUGCUGAUUGGGCUGGGGAAGUGAUACAGAAACGUUCUACUACUGGCUUUAUAGUUUAUCUUGGUUUGUGUCCAGUGUCUUGGCAAUCUAAGAAACAAGGUACUGUCUCUAGGAGCUCUACAGAAUCUGAGUACAGGAGUCUUGCAAAUACUGCAGCUGAGAUUAGUUGGAUCAGACAUCUUCUUUGUGAUUUGAAGAUUCAAAUUCCCUGUGCCCCUUUGCUUAAAUGUGACAACUUGUCUGCUUUGGCAUUAGCUUCUAAUCCAGUCUUUCACUCCAAGAUCAAGCAUUUAGGCAAUGACUUUCAUUUUGUUCGUGAAAGGGUUCAGCGCAAUGAUCUUCGUCUUGAGUAUGUUUCCACCACAGAACAGACUGCUGACAUUUUGCUAAAGGGUUUGGCAUCUCCUAUUUUCAAAACUCACUGUAUCAAUCUCAGGCUAGUAUCCCUAGCUGAGCUUGAGGGAGGGUGUUGA